AUCCUCAACGAUUUGUUAGCACAACAGUCGACUUAGGCUGGCGCUCCGCUCUUCACACUCGCACCCACCACCAGCAGUGACAUCCACUCUUCACCAAAAUGUCCUCUUCCAUCACACUCCACCAUCUAGAAGCUUCUCGCUCCAUUGCAGCUCUGUGGCUGCUGGAAUGGCUGGGCGCACCUUACAAGCUGAUACAAUAUCCUCGUCAUCCCGAGACCAGACUGAGCGUGGAUGCAGCCUUUAGCCAGAAGGGAUUGGCUUCAGUGCAUCCCUUGGGCCGCUCGCCUGCCUUGACCGACCUAGGCGACGACGGCCAAGAAUUCGCAGUGCUCGAAACGCCCAACAUUUUGGAACACCUCCUCCGACAUCUCAGUCCUGAGCACACCAAGAAGCGUCUAGGCUUCGAGUUCGAUGAGAGGAGCAAAAGGGCCCAGGAUGUCAAGUUCUGGCUUGCUUUUAGCGAGGGUGGUCUGAUGCUGCACACGCUUCCGCUCUUUUACGCCAACAAGGGCAAGGCCCUGACAGAGGAAGGUACCUCGCUGCAAGAACAGGCCAUCGCGCGAGGACUCAAAGUGGACCUGGAAUGGGUUGAACGAUCUCUGCGUGAGACCAAGGCAAAGGGGGGCAAGGGAAUCAUUCAAACGCUUGACGGCGGUUUCGGCCCUGCAGACUUCGGAGCCAUAUUCCCAUUAGAAUUUUUGAGCACGAUCGCUGAUAAUCGCUCGGAAGCAUGGCGUCAGAACACUGGUCUCAACAUCUCGCCGGCCAUCAAAGAGUGGCUUAACGAGGUUCGCAAAGACUCGCUCUAUCGUCAAGCAGUCACGAAGGAGAGCGGUGAAGUGGUCGAUUUCAACAAGGGCCAAACUUACAUUGGGAAGCUUAUGAGGCUCAACCGGUGAGAGCGCUCAGAGAGGUUGCCUCUUGCGCGUGGAAGACAGGUGUGACCUCGUCACUCGCAAGCACUCUUUCCAAAGUCGUGUUGUACGUCCGUUGCUGGACACCAUCUGGAAUGGCCUACAGAAAGGUGUUCGUAUCUCCUUGAUAGUGCCACCAAUUGCCGCCAAUUGCUGCUCAAAAGACAGCCUUGCGAGUGCUAGCGCCCUUGGCUUUCUUGGCCGGGGGCGCUGCUGUUGGUGCAGAUCUGCCAUUGUUGUCCGCAGAACGCUUUGCGCUGCCGUCGGUCGCGGCGACUUCUUUCGGCCGCACGGUGACUUUCGCUCGAGGCUUGGCGGGUUAUAAGCAUGGGCCCAUUCAGUUUAUCGCAUGCGUCGGAGAUUCAACCGGACAAGAACAUACCUCAUUCUCGU